AUGCCCAUUCAAUUUUUACAAUCGUUCAAGAACACUGUCACAAUGAAAGCUCUUGUCUAUACGGGACCCGGAACGGUUGAGGUCCAGGACCGACCCAAGCCAACCGUCCAGGAACCUACAGAUGCCAUUGUCCGGCUGCUCCACGCCUCGAUCUGUGGUACAGACCUACAUAUCCUCAAGGGUGAUGUGCCUAGUAUUCAACCCGGUAUUGUCCUCGGCCACGAGGGUGUUGGGGUGAUAGACGCCGUAGGCCAAGCUGUGAACGGGUUUCAGGUCGGAGACCGAGUCCUGAUCUCAUGUAUGACUGCGUGCGGUGCAUGCCGGUCUUGCCAGCGGGGCAUAACCUCGCACUGCAAAGCGGGCGGAUGGACCCUGGGAAACCACAUCGACGGCACGCAAGCCGAGUUCGUGCGUGUACCCCAUGCAACGCUCUCACUACACGCCCUCGCUCCUUCGAUCCCCGCGCGAGCUGCACUAGCCAUCUCCGAUGCGCUUCCUACGGGUCUAGAAUGCGGUGUCUUGAGUGCGAAUGUCCAGCCCGGCGGGUCGGUGGUAAUUGUGGGCGCUGGGCCCGUGGGCAUGGCUGCACUACUGACAGCGCGACUAUACACGCCCGCGCUAAUAGUCAUGGUGGACCUUGACGAGAUGCGGCUCGCCACGGCACGGAAAUUAGGCGCGCAUGCUACGGUGAAGUCGUCUGACCCGAAGGCUCUUCAGCAGCUCCUGGAUCUGACACAGGGUGAAGGGUUCGACUCCGUCAUUGAGGCGGUCGGCGUCCCUGCGACAUUCGCGCUCUGUCAGGAGCUGGUGGCUGUGGGAGGACGAAUUGCAAAUGUUGGCGUCCACGGAACUAAAGUGGACUUGCAUCUCGAGAAGCUGUGGGAUCGAAAUCUCAGUAUACACAUGAUGCUGGUAAAUGCGACCACAACGCCGCAAUUGUUACGGCUGGUAGAGUCUGGUAUGCUGGAUGUUGGCUCGCUGGUGACCCAUAACUUUCCCUGUGCCGAGGGUGCUACGGCUUAUGCGACUUUUCAGGCGGCGGCGCAGCAUCAGGCGCUCAAGGUGGCCAUCGACUUCGAUUCGGCAUGA